GCCAAUAUUUGUUUAUAUAGCGGGCAACACCGCUGUCUCGCUGUCCUACUUCGGGGCAGUUCGAGUACAGACAGAGUAAUGCCGUCGUUGCCGCGAGGAUUCAGCUUGCUAUCAUCUCUCAAGAUCAAGUUGGCCGGCCUAGUCCCACGCGUCAGCUGGGAUGAACAAAGCAAUUUCAUUGGUAAUGUGAUGAGCUGCACCUUGUCUAAACAUCGUCGCUCUGGUCAAUCAAGCCUUUAUUUGCAAUCAACGACACGGCAUCAGAGCAAGCAUCAAAGUUGUCACUACCUCCUGUGCCCUGCUUGGUUUUGUUUUGUAGCCUGUCAGCUGCGGAGGGCCGCUCACUUUCAGAGCGGUGGUAGUGUCAGAGAGCAACGUGGUCUGCAGCUCGCGAACCACAGACCCAGCGUGUCUUUCGCCGAAACGAUCACAGCUUUGGCAGUAGCCGGCACGACUACGGCCUCGAUAUCGACCAGGUUCAAGGUCGUUGUGCGGCCACGGCCAAACAAGGCAUUGCGUCACGGUCCUCACUACCGUAUCCAUAUAGAGCGGCACUGUCGUCUCAGUCUGCAAAUAUACGCUGGGUCUUAGCAGCGUUUGAGAAAUCUCCUCUAUAUCCAUCGAAUUGAUAGAAUAGGCAGUACUGGUCGCAAAAAUGAA